AUGGAAUGGUUUUUGAUAAUUGUAACGAUAGUGAUGGCACUAUUGUUAUUAUUUGUGAACUUCUACUUACUAGUUUUAUAUUGUCAUCCCGAUGAUAGUGGUUGGGGUUCAUCAUUAGUAUGCAAAGUAUUUGUGAUUAUUGGAAUGACAUUGACUUGGGCUUAGGUGUUGAUGUUGCCAUUGGAUGCAGCAAAUUCAAGAGGACUUGGAGAAGGCUUGGAUAUGGAUUUCUUUUGGAAGUUCAUUUACAUGUUGAUUUUGAUAUUUGGAACCCUUUUUAUCCCUUUCGCUCAAUACUAUUACGAAUCAGAUGAUGAGAAGUCUGUAGGCUAACGAUGCUGUGCAGCUCUCUAUUAACAAUUAUGUUUUGUGAUAAUAGUAGCACUUUUGCUAUUUAUUUCCUAUGCAUUUUUACGAUUUGCUGAUAUCCCAGUCUACAUUUCAGUGAAAUCCUGUGCAUAGCCAACCCUCUUCUUGGAUUCUGAAACCCCAUUUACAGGCGUAGCAAACUCUUUGCAGGAGGAUUCGGCUGACACUUUGGAAUAUGAAGUCAGUUUCCCUGUUUAUGUGAUGGCAUUUAUGUCUUUGUUUGGUUAUUGCUUGUUCGUGCUUUUUGGGGGAGUUGGUUUAACAGCCUUGCCAGUCGAUUUGAUAUAAGAAUUUAUAAAUAGGCCAAAAAAAUUGACAACUGCUGAGGGAAAUUAGAAGAAAAGCAGUCUAAAAAGGAAAGCCUAUGAAUUGAUUGAAGAGGGCAACAAAAUUAAAGAUUAUUAAAAAGAGGCAGUUAAUUAAGAUGGAUGGUGGGCCAGAUAUAGAGAGAAAAGAAGAGUGCGGACUCAAUUUACAAGAUAUAAGAAUGCAGUUCUAUGUUUAGAUAGAGAUAAUGAAAUUUUCAAGAUGGAACUCAAAUAUUUUGAUACGAAUCCGGUAGUUUGGUAUUUUAAAUUUGUGAUUGGAGUGAUAUUCUGCGUUAUUUCUUUCAUUUGGUGGUUGCACAUAUUAUUGUUUAUAGUAAUAAGAGAUUCAGAUGGGAUAUCAGCAAGUCCAUUUCUGAAUAAAAUAUUGAUUGGCUUAGAAGAUGGAAAUGCUGGGUUUUUAUGUGUCGGUAUAUUUGGAUUCCUUUGCAUAUAUUUAUUGUGGUGCACUCAGAAGGGCAACAUUAAAUUUGGUCUCAGGAUUCCUUUUCUAUUCUCCUUGCAUAUAAUGAAAGUGAAUGAGACUUGGAUGAAUACUUUUCUAUUUAAUGUCCAACUUAUGUUAAUCUGUUCGGUGGCUGUUACUUAGUUUUGCACCAAAGCGUUUUCCCAGUACAUUAGACUGAGCACUCUCAAUAUGUUGUUUAGUACUCAAAUUCAAUACCUACGUUUCUUUACUUAUUUAUAUUCUAACAAUGUCUUUGAAAUUAUCUUACUGGUCUGGUCAGUUUUAACAAUGAUAUAUUUGCUUAUCAGAAGAUCAGACAAACCUAAAAUGCUUAAGGAAAUCGAAGAAAUGUAAAAACAAGAGUUCAAAUGA